AUCUCUUUGUGGCCUAAGUUCCCUUUGGAAGGAGUCUCUCUACCUCUAGGUAGGGGUAAGACUGUCUACGACCCAUCUCACAAUACGGGAUUGGGUGUUGUUGUCGUCGUCUUCGUCGUCGUCCAUACGUCAGAUUGUCAGAAAUACAUGUAAAUGUGAAAAUCGUCCCGCUUUGAUAUGAAGAAAAGAAAAAGAAAAAAAAGGAAAAAACUCAUAAUAGACACCUAAAAAUUCUUAAAAAACAAUCAUAUCUAAUAUUUUAAUUUUCCUCAAUUCCACACUCUCGAAGGCUAUGGCUGGGAAGAAGGUGAUUGCGAUAUGCCAAUUAGGUGGCACAUUCAAGACUCUUAGUGAUGGUACGUUGUCGUAUGAUGGUGGGGAUGCUCAUGCUAUAGAUAUUGAUGAGAAUUCAAAGUACAAUGAUUUCAAGAUGGAAGUUGCAGAAAUGUUUAAUUGCGCUCUUAGUAGCAUAUCUAUAAAAUAUUUUCUUCCAGGAAACAGGAAGACACUAAUCACAAUCUCCAAUGAUAAAGACCUACAACGUAUGAUAAAGUUUCAUGGAAAUUCCAGCAGCAUUGAUGUGUAUAUCAUGAUGGAAGAAGCUGUUGCUCCAGAUGUCUCAAAUAUGCCUGCCAGCCGAUCAAGCAGAACAACUUUGUCAGAAGCUGGAAUGCUUACAGAUACCACCCCUUGUGUCUUGGAUAAUGACAUGGAUGAAAUAAAUCCGCGUGUUCUACUUGAUUCAACUUUUGAUGUUCAUAAUGAUCUUCCAAUUGCUGAUGAACACAUUGACAUACCUUCAGAUAUUGCGCUCUCUAUGUAUAUGCCUCUUCGGGAUUCUUCUGAUGAAAAACACACGAAAGCAGCACAACAAUGGCAGCACAACAUCACAGGUGUAGGGCAAAGAUUUAACAAUGUCAAUGAUUUUCGCGAUGCCUUACGGAAGUACUCCAUCGCAAAUCAGUUUGCUUUUAAAUACAAGAAAAACGAUAGUCAUCGUGUAACUGUUAAAUGCAAAGUAGAUGGCUGUCCUUGGAGAAUUCAUGCAUCAAGACUAUCCACCACCCAGUUAAUAUGUAUUAAAAAGAUGAAUCCAACCCACACGUGUGAAGGAUCAACUCUUACCACAGGACAUCAAGCAACUAGAACUUGGGUGGCUGGUGUUAUAAAAGAGAAGCUAAAAGUAUCUCCGAAUUACAAACCGAAAGAUAUUGUUACUGACAUCAAAGAACAAUACGGAGUUCAGUUAAAUUAUUUUCAAGCAUGGCGUGGAAAAGAAAUUGCAAAAGAACAACUCCAGGGUUCAUAUAAAGAAGCAUACGGUCAAUUGCCGCUUUUUUGUGAACGAAUAAUGGCGUCAAAUCCUGGAAGUCUUGCUACCUUUACAACUAAAGAUGACUCGACUUUCCAUCGCUUGUUUGUAUCAUUUCAUGCUUCAAUUUGCGGGUUUCAACAAGGUUGCAGACCAUUGUUAUUUCUUGGUAGCAUACCUUUAAAGUCAAAGUACCAAGGAACAUUAUUGGCUGCAACAGCUCCGGAUGGAGAUGAUGACGUUUUUCCUGUUGCUUUUGCUGUUGUUGAUACCAUUUCUGAUGAUAACUGGCUUUGGUUUUUACAUCAACUUAAGGCUGCGUUGACCACAUGUCAUGAUUUGACUAUUAUUGCUGACACUGAAAAUGGAUUAAGGGAGUCCGUUUCUGAAGUCUUUCAAGAUGAAAGUGUAUAUCAUGCGUAUUGCUUACGGUGUCUUUCAGAACAACUUAUUAGGGAAUUUAAAGGACAGUUUUCCCAUGAAGUAAAACGUCUCAUUGUUGAUGAUUUUUUUGCUGCAGCUUAUGCUCCUACAUCCGGAGGUUUCCAAAGAUGUAUUGAUAGCAUUAAAAGUAUAUCACUUGAAGCUUACAAUUGGGUUGUAGAAAGUGAACCUAUACAUUGGGCAAAUGCGUUUUUUCCAGGUGCAAGAUAUAAUCACAUGACAUCGAAUUUUGGUGAGUUGUUUUAUAGUUGGGCAUCAGAAGCCCAUGAAUUGCCAAUAACCCAAAUGGUGGAUACCAUAAGAGGCAAAAUAAUGGAGUUAAUUUACACUAGAAGGGCAGUAUCUAACAACUGGUUAACAAGAUUAACCCCGCUUAGAGAAGAAAGAUUAGAAAAGGAAAGCAUCAAAGUUUGUGCACUUCAGGUUUUCAACUCCGAUCCAGGUGACAACAAGUUUGAGGUCCGCGGAGAUUCUAUUGAAGUUGUGGAUAUUAAUAGUUAUGAUUGUAGUUGUAAAGCAUGGCAACUUACAGGUUUGCCUUGCUGUCAUGCAAUUGCCGUUAUUGGUUGCCUUGGGCGGGACCCAUAUGAUUUCUGUGCUAGAUUUUUCACUACUGAGAGCUACAGAUUAACUUACUCAGAGUCGGUACAGCCUAUUCCUAGUGAUGAUAAGCCAUUGCCAAAGGAACUUGCUCGGGCAAGUGUGACUGUAACACCGCCUCCGACAAGGCGGCCUCCAGGGCGGCCACCUAGUAAGAAGCCUGGAAUGGUGGAAGGAAAUAAACGUCAACUUCAAUGUAGCGCAUGCAAGUGUACUGGGCACAAUAAGUCCACGUGCAAGGAGAUUCCAUGAACAUUAAAAUUGAGACUCACAAGGGAUAUACUGGACUGCUGUCCGUUUGUAACUCAUCUUAGAAAUGUUUCUGCUUAUUUGCUUUUCUCAAAAUCCAUUCUGCUAUUGAGAAGUAAGAAUGAGUUUUAGGAGAAUAGAGGAUAUUUCGCGAGGAUUAUUGUACAGUUUGCUUGCAGACCUGAUGAGCAUCUGCAAAUAUAAAUAAGUAGGAACGAUGUCACUUUUUAUACUUUUCUUAGGUUGAUCUAACCGUGCCCAUGAAAUCUGGAGUAUUUACAGGAUGAUUUCUUGGGUUGACUGCUUUGUUUUGAUUAAAGGCAGGAGAUCUCUACACCUUUACGUUUAGCCAUACACCACUUAAGUGAAUGUUUUUGACUACCUUAACCAAAAAGAUGGUUGUUACUUGUUAGAAUACCCAAGGGUAAAAUGAUGAAAACAUCUGUUUUAAGGGUGUAUAGCUAAAAUGAAGGGUAUAUGGAUCACCUCCAUAAAAGGGAUCGAGCAUGGGCAUGAGUUAUUUUGGUCUUUAAAUGGUUGUUUAUGAUGUACUUUAAUGUGAAUCUAACUAAGAAAGCAUUAUUACUUUAUUA